CACAUGACAAAAAGAUGGAGAACGUGCCGGUCGGAAAAGUAUCUGUGGAGACAAAUUCAAGAUAUGGUAGAAUUAAAGAAAAGUUUAUGGGAUGUUAUGGAGGGAAACCUGAUUUUUAUGCCAGAGCAUCAGGAAGAGUCAAUCUAAUUGGUGAACAUAUAGAUUACUGUGGAUAUUCUGUGUUGCCGAUGGCUAUAGAACAGGAUCUAGUAAUCGCUGUAAAGUCAAAUGACAGUGGUCGUCUUCAAAUAGUUAACACCAACAUGGAAUAUGGAAUGUUUGAAUGUGAAAUAAACAAUUUUUCCAUCAACAAAGAGAAACCAGUAUGGCAUAACUAUUUUCUGUGUGGACUAAAAGGACUACUUGAACAUUGUAAAGUGACCAAGCCAAAAGGACUACAGUGUGUUGUAGAUGGCACUAUACCUAAAAGUGCUGGUCUGUCUAGUUCUAGUGCAUUAGUAUGUUGUGCUGCACUGGUGACUAUGCAUGCCAAUGGACAAUCACUUUCUAAGAAAGAGCUGUCUGACAUGUGUGCCCAUUGUGAACAUUAUAUAGGAACUGAAGGAGGUGGAAUGGACCAAGCAAUAUCAUUUAUGGCAAACAAAGGCACUGCCAAGUUAAUAGAAUUCAAUCCACUGAAAUCAACAGAUGUUGAACUACCAGAAGAUGUAGUGUUUGUGAUAUCAAAUAGUUGUGUAGAACUAAACAAAGCAGCUACCUCACAUUUUAAUAUCCGGGUUGUAGAAUGUCGACUGGCUUCACAGAUAAUAGCAAAGACAAAGGGAUUAAAGUGGAGGGAAUUCAAAAGAUUUGCUGAUGUACAGAAAGCAUUAGGAUUAACUUUAGAUGAUGCUGUAAAUGUUGUAAAGGAAAUACUUCAUCCAGAGCCAUACACAAAAGAGGAAGUUUGUGGAAUUCUAGAAGUAACUGCUGAUGAACUGUCUCAAACUAGUCUUAGUGCAAACACACUUGAUGUUAAAUCAUUUAAGUUACAUGACAGAGCCACCCAUGUGUUUAGUGAGGCCAAUAGGGUAUUACAAUUCAAGAGAACUUGCGACUUGAAACCAGAUGAUGCUUCAGUUGUCUUGGGUAACUUGAUGAAUGACAGCCAUACCAGCUGUAGAGACUUAUACCAAUGUAGCUGUGAGGAUUUGGAUAGAUUAGUUGAUAUUUGUUGUCAAUCAGGUGCUCUUGGAUCAAGACUUACAGGUGCAGGUUGGGGAGGAUGUGCUGUUUCCAUGGUUCCAGCCAAUCAAGUUGAUUCUUUCAUAAAGUCAGUUACAGAACGGUAUUAUGGGAAGGAUGAGAGACUUAAGGAAAGAGUUACAGAAAACCUGUUUGCUACACAACCAGGUGGAGGGGCAGUUAUUUAUGUCGAAUGAAAUUAAUAAGAAAUUGACUUCUUAUAUCAUUGUGAUGAAAAUUGUCUCCAGUCUAAUUUUAAAAUUGCAAGGACAAUAAAAUGAGGGUACAUUUAAUAGAGGGUUAUACUGACUAACAGGGUUAUAAAUAAGUAUUACUGGAUUAAUACUUCAAGGGAACUGUGGUGUUAUUGAGGAGGUGAUGGAAAGUUAACCUACUUACAUACAUAUUAUACAUAAAUAUUGACUUUUUGUAUGCUUUAAUGUUGAUUACUUUUAUCAUGUUUAUAGUAAACCAAAUAUGUUUUUCAUUUUAAUACAAAUGAACCAUAAUAAAUCAUAUUAGCAAUAGAUACAUUUGGGAACUGAUGGUUUUUUUUAUUUACAGUUAAAAUUGAUUUUAGUGGCUACAUUUGCAUUUCAAUCUUUGAUGAAACAUAUAUUUCUGGUAGAACGAGCAAGUUCUAUAUGUCUUUAUUUGAGGACGAUAUUAAUGUGUUUCUCUCAUCCAUUGUAAUAAAAAUUCAGACCCAAUUGCAAUUUUGUUCAUCCAAUCAAACUGAACUGCUAAAUGUUUUUACCAAAAUGUUCUAGGAGACCCAUGGUCAAGUCACCUGUUUUUGUAGGGCGAGUGCAAAAAGAAAGCAUACAUAUAAUCCUGUUAAAUUUGAUUUCAUCAACAUCUUUACUAUCACUACUACUACUAGUGAUUAAAUACCUUGACUACCCAUGAGGGUUUCACACAGUCUGCAAUUUACUAUACUCAGCAUAGCUCUACUUUUAUAAAUCAUCAAUGGUAAAGUCGUAUGAAAGGUAAGGUAGUAAUUUAUGAAUUGCUACAUAACUGUCAAUCGAGGAGGUUUGAUAAGAGCCAUUUUCCUACUUCAAAAAAUAGUAAAAUUCUUCAAUUCUUUCAAAAUUUGUGUUGUUUUAUUGAUAAUGAACAAGAUGAUAUCAUACAAAAAAUACCUCCUUACUUGUCAUGUGACUACAUUUGAUCAGUAAAGAACUCAGAACAGCUACAGUAAAGAUUAAUUGGAAAUUAAGACUAAGGAUUAAAAUUGGAAAAAUUUGAAAGACAAGGGGAAUAACUCUACAUAAUUUGCUCCAAGCUUAUCUUUGAAAUACACAAAUAUAUUCCUAAACAAAGCCGCUUAAGCAAAAUUUUGUGGGAGGUCAAUGGACACCCACAUUAGUGAAAGGCUAAUUUAUAUUGAAUAUUUCAUAUUGUGAUCAGAAAACUCAGUUAAACAUAAAGGUUUUAUUGUUAAUGUUUGUUGUUGGAGGUAAUACUUAGUUAGAUUUAUCUUGUCAGUAACAUAAUUGAUAUGUAAUGAAAACAAAAAAACAAUAAAGAAUGAACUGUACAACUUCACAAAAUUUUAUAUGAAUUGAGAUGUGGAUGUUGAAGGUACUUUAGGACCCUCUUCUUUGUACCGAAAAUUGGAACUAUUAUAUAUACUUAAUUUAUGCCAUAUAUUUAUAUAUUAUACAUUUAUAUUAUAUAUAUUAAAAUAUUUUUUUUAA